AUGGCGUCCAGUGGGGGCCUCACAGUCUCUAACUACGCCCGACGCCUCAAGGCCCUCGCGGACAACCUCGCCGACACGGGCAACCCCAUCAUCGACCGCGACCUGAUGAUUCAGCUCCUCCACGGGCUCACGAUCGCCUCAACACCAUCUGGACCAUCGUCGCCUUUACCGGAUGUUGACGGACAAGAAGAGGACGGUGGACACCGUUCCGUGCUGGCUCCCCAGACGGGCCCCACUAGAUUGCCGCCGACGUGGAUCCUGCUCACCAUCCAAGGCACGACGCCGCGGGAGGCGGUGGUUCUCGCCAUCCGGACUGACAAUGUCUACAUUGUUGGCUUCAAGAAUGCGGCGGGAGUCUGGUUCGCCUUCCCGGCCUUCAAACGCCUGAUCAAGGGCUCGACGCCGCUCCCCAAGGGGCUUGACUACCGCAGCCUCGUCGGCAGCUACGGGAACCUCAAGUAUCUCCACAUCAACCGAAGCCAAGUCCUCCAAGACGUGCGCUUUCUCUCAACGUAUAGGCUCCCUUCCCGGCCGGACAUGGCCCACAACGCCAAGCUCGGUAGCAGUCUGGCAAGGUUGUGCGUUGUGGUCACAGAGACCGCCAGGUUCAAGAUGACAAACGCCAUGGUGGUGGCGGCAAUGGACGAGCAAGGAGGCCCGAGCCGGAUCACCGAACAAGAAACGAAGCUCGUCGUCAUUUGGGGGGUCACGUCCAAGUCCCUACUUGAGUGGCCAAAGUAUGGGUGCCCGAAGAUGCCGCCGAAGUAG